AUGCCGGAUUGGAUAAAAUUUUUACUGGUGCUUGCUCUCAGUGCGGUGGUGGUAGUGUGUGAAGAAUCGACAACCGAAGAACUUCCGAAAGAUGUUGCCGAGGGCCGGGCGCGUCGGAAACGGUUUUACAAAUUUCUGUUCCAAGCCAUAUCUCCCAUGAUCUCAUCACUCUCCUACAUCCUGCUCAUCAAGGCCAAAGUGGUUGUGGUGGGUCUUUUUUUAGUUGGAAUCUACUUCUUUGGGCACAAACUCUGGCCCGGUGGUUUGUGUGGGCACUCGAUCGUUUCUGAUGUGCCACCGCCGUAUUUGAGUGAUUACAGUGGAAUCACCGGAUACCACGCGACGGGUCCGGAUAUCGUUUCCAGCUAUCCCGGUCCGGAACCGUACCCCAUCAGUGGAUCGUAUCUUCCCCCAUCGGCGGCCUCUUCGCCAUCGAUUAUACCUUCAAUAUCCUCAAUAUCUUCAUCCUCCUCCGGUGGACCGCCAGCGGCAAAAUACGGUUCCCGUCGGGGUAGACGUGAUUUGGACAACCAAAACGAUGAGGAGCCGCUAGACAACGAAAUUUACUGGACGGAUCAGUUGACCGAAAUGGGAUUCCUAUUUCUAGGUGUAAAAGCGAGAGCUUGCCGAAAGCGGUUUGUUUGCGAAUUUGACUUCCACGCACGCAGCAACCCCAUUUUGCUGUUCGCAACCAGAGCGAUGGGUCGUGAUAUUUUCCACAACUAUCGUGAUCCCAGCGACGAACGGGCCCGCUAUUAUCAGGACUGUGGCCGAAUCUACGCCGAAUGUGCCGUUCCGAAAAGGAAACCGUCUCAUUACACCCGCCGUAGGAGACCACUUCCGGCCACUACCAGUACGACGGAAGCACCGAACACAGCAGCAGAGGAAGAAGUAGAAGAACCGGAAGAGUCGUCGGCAUCCGUAGAGGUGGAAGAUGAAUCUGUGAAUGAAAUUUCGAUGGCUGAAAAGUCACGCAGGAAUCAGCGGAACGACUGGCGACCAAUUACCUCCCAGCCACUGCCACUGGGGAAGCAAAUCUUGCGGCGUUCGUGGGCUCAGACCGAAAGAGUGGCGGAGGCUGGAAACUGA